AUGGCGGCCAUCUCUGCACCGAAGCUGCCGAUCCAGAACCGUUCCACCAUCUCUCCGGUCGCUGGUCGCCCUGCAGCCACCAAGUCUCCCAUCGGGCCCAGCUCCCGGAAGGAGCGCAGAGGGGACUGCGCCAAGGCUCGCUGGGCGGACUAUACGCCGACGCAGUGGUCCCACGACUCCCACUCCCCCUGGCCCGAAGGCUACCCGGCCAACCCCGCGACGCUCUCCAUGUUCCUGCAGACCCCACCAGGCCCUGAGCGGGAGCCGAGGGAGGCCCAGCUCUGGCCAGCGACGCCCACGCCCUCCGGAGCCGGAGCUGGCUGGGACCACUUUGGCAUCCAUUCGGAGAGGCAGUCGGAAGCUCACGGCGAGGCGGGCCCCGCUGGAGCGGCUGGGGUGCCUUUGGCUCUUCAAGCUCCUGCUCGAGUGGCCCAGAUGGCGGCGGCCGCGGCACAUGCGGCUGCAGCGGCAGGAGCCGCCGCGGCGCAAGCCGCUGCAGGAGCCCACGGCCACCACACAGAGCUCCGGAAUGGCACCACAGGUAAAAUGGCACCCGACAAAGCCGUGAAGAACACGGGCGCGAGCUUGUAUGAGGAGGGGAAAAGGCUCCCUCCUACGCCCUUCUCGCCGAAAAGGAAGGGCGCGGCCGCGGUUUCGAUGACCGCUCCUAACGGUGUUCCGAUGCACAUGGAGCCUCGACCGGAGACAGAAGCGGACCUGCUUUCGCCUUAUCUGCUGGAGGAGGGCCCGGCGGCGGGGGUGGCGGCGGGGGCUGCAAAGCCGCCGGUCGCCGAGCCCACGUGGAACCAGGAGGUCACGGUCGCGACGGUGCCCUCCAAGGGCUCCAAUACACAUGGCAGUGGCAAGUGUCGUCCAUGCGCGUGGUUCUGGAAGCCUCAAGGUUGCCAGAACGACCAGGACUGUGGCUACUGCCACCUCUGCCCCGAAGGGGAACUCAAGAAUCGGAAGAAGUCCAAGGUCGCGGCCAUGCGGAUGGGGGCCUUGGUGCCCGCGAAGCACCUUGGCCUUGACCUGCCCAGCACUGCUUGGUGUCUUGGCAACCUUGGCUUGGCUUUGGUUGGGACCGCAGAGAUCCUCAGAGGAAUUGGUCCAAAGGAGAACCGUGCAUGGCGGCUGAGAGAAGGGAGAGCCCCGCUGGAGACGGCUCAAGCGGAAGAGCGGAAGAGCGGCUCGCGGAACUCGCCGGGCCUGCGCCUGGGUCGCCCAGCAGAGCAGAGCGGAGUCGCUGCGAUGGCCACCUCCAAGCCGGUGGUGCGACAAGUGGACAUGGAGGCCGACAUGUUGGAGUUCGCCCUGACCCGCACAAUGAUCGCGAUGGAUAAGCACAACCUGGAGAAGGACAUCGCCUCGGACUUGAAGGAGCAAUUCGAGACUGAGUAUGGCCCCACGUGGCACUGUAUGGUCGGCCGCCACUUCUCUAGCUACGUAACGCACGAGAAAGCCUGCUACUGCUACUUCUACAUCGGUCAGAUGGGCGUGAUGCUGUUCAAGACCCCCUGA